CGUGGGACUGGAAGACCCGCCAGAGCCGGAACCUAGUGCCGCCGGGUUACUCUCGGGCGGUCAUCUUACCCCUCGCCCUUCUCGGUUGUUGUUUAGGAAGGAACGGGUGAUUGCUCUAGUAAUUUUUUCAUUGGUUAUUGGGUACCCAUAUACGUGUAUGUGAGCGUCCCUUGCCCUGACGUCUCCGAUGAGCACCGCACCUACUCAUCUGAUUGCCUUGUUUGACUCUUCUGUCCUAACCCAUUCCUCUGUCAGUCUUAACCAUUUCAGUGAAUGGCACCAUCCAUCUACUUAAUUCAAAAAUGUAGGAGAUAGUUAACUGAAAGGAAUCUGUCCCACUACUGCAACCAAACCAGAUGCCUUCUUUUACUUCACCCGACCAAGGAGAGGACCCGGAGGCCUGUGUUUUAAGAUUUUCAGAGUUAGAUUUAAAAGACACAAGGCUUAUCAAUCCCAGUAGCAGUCUUAAAGCCGAGUUGGAUGUCAGUACGAAAAAGAAAUACUCAUUUGCCAAGAAAAAGGCAUUUGCCCUUUUUGUCAAAACCAAAGAAGUUCCUGCACAUCCUUUUGAAUGUAAAGAAAAAUGGUGGAAAUGUUGUCAACAGCUGUUCAAAGACCGGAUCGGCAUCCAUAGACAUGUGGCAACACAACAUGCUGAUGAGAUCUGCCGCCAGACUGCUUCCGUGUUAAAGCAGCUGGCUGUGACACUGAACACCUCAAAGAGCCUUAAGCCUGCAGAUGAUAGGAACCCUCUAAAAGGGUACUUGACCUGUAACAGGGAAGUGUCCGCUUGGCUCCCUGAUGUAAGCUGCUUUAGCCCUGAUGAGCUGAUAAGGGGCCAGGGCAGUGAUGAAGGAGAGGUUCUACUUUAUUACUGCUACUGUGACCUGGGGGAUCCCCCCUGGGUCUGUGCCUGGCAGACGGCUCUGUGCCAGCACCUGCGCCUCACAGGCAAGGUUCGAAUUGCUACAGAAGGAAUCAAUGGGACAGUUGGUGGAAGCAAACUGGCCACCAGACUCUAUGUGGAAGCCAUGCUUUCCUGCCCAUUGUUUAAGGAUUAUAUGUGUAAGGAUGAUUUUAAGACCAGCAAAGGAGGGGCUUGCUGUUUUCCAGAAUUGCGUGUUGGUGUAUUUGAAGAAAUUGUGCCCAUGGGGAUCAGUCCCAAUAAGAUCUCCUACAAGAAGCCUGGAGUCCAUUUAUCUCCAGGUGAAUUUCAUAAAGAAGUAGAAAAGUUUUUGUCUCAGACAAAUGAAGAACAAAGUGAUACUAUCCUCCUGGACUGCAGAAACUUCUAUGAAAGCAAAAUAGGGCGAUUUCAGGGCUGUUUAGCCCCAGACAUCAGGAAAUUCAGUUACUUCCCUAGCUACAUUGACAAAAAUCUAGAACUUUUCAGAGAGAAGAAGGUGCUGAUGUAUUGUACUGGGGGUAUCCGUUGUGAGCGGGGUUCAGCCUACCUCAAAGCCAAGGGAGUAUGCAAGGAAGUGUUCCAGCUCAAGGGUGGCAUCCACAAGUACCUGGAGGAGUUUCCUGAUGGUUUCUACAAAGGGAAAUUGUUUGUUUUUGAUGAGCGUUAUGCCUUAUCCUACAACAGUGAUAUAGUGUCAGAAUGUUCAUAUUGUGGAGCCCCAUGGGACCAAUAUAAACUCUGCUCGACUCCCCAGUGCCGCCAGCUCAUCUUGACCUGCCCUGCUUGCCAACGACAAGGGUUCACAGCCUGUUGUGUCACGUGUCAGGACAAAGGGAGCGGGCUGGCUUCAAGUCCCACCCAGAGCAGCUUUAGAGAGGAAUGUGAGUGUACAGCCCGACGGCCACGCAUACCCAGUGAGCUGCCACAGCAGGUGUGACUGACUCCCCACCAGCUCAGAGCCAAGGCCUGGCGCUGGUGAGGAUGGGCCGUGCUUACGCGAGUGGCACCAUCAGCAUUUCCCUAGGCCUUCGCAGAGCUAGGUUCACAGUGACCAUACGCUGGAGAACAUCAAAGCUGCGGCAACAGAGAAGCAGGGAACGCCAGCAUCAUAAACUGGGUACCGUGUUGGCCACCUAAACUUCAGUGGGGGGAGGAAAGAGGGAGUUGGGUUCUGCCCACUUACCUGAAACAUUUGAC